UUUCUUUAAUAUUAAAUAUUUUAGUAUAAACCUUUUUUAAUUUAAUAAUUAAUACAUUUGUGACUCGAUGAUGGAUAAUGGCACUCAAGGCCAAUACAGCACUUCUAUAUCAAAUUCUGUGGAAUCUCGUACAAGUAAUAUGUACAUUUUACAAGUUAAACCAAGCAGUAGUGAAGGAUCUUUACAAACUGAUGCUAUCCCACUCCACAUGCUUAUAAAUGGACAAGACCCCCAACAUCAUGAGUACUUUAUCCCUGUAAUACAAGGCAAACAAUUACAAUUAUUUAUUGAUUCCCGAGAACAAGCUGACACAAACACAGCAAACAACCAGUAUUAUAGUAUCGUCACCGAGCCACAGACAGACAACAAUGAAUUGCAGAUCCUGAAUAGUGACAUUACCGUUACACCCAGCCAUGAACAUAUAUUGCAAAUUAAAACAGAUGCAAAAUGCAGAAUGGAUAAAUUGUCUUCGAAUGAAGACAAAAUUAAUAAUACUAAGGCCUCACAUAAUAUUGAGCAGAAAAAGAAAGUUUUGCAGAAGUUUGUGCACAUCUCGGACCGCCUAGCGCCGCCGCGGGCGGUGGCGGUGCUGCCGGGCGCGCUGACGCUGCGGCGCGGCGCCGUGUGGCCGCGCGCCGUGCUGCCGGCCCGAGUGCGCUUCGGACCCGUACAAGGGAUCAAACGCAGUCUAACAGCGGAAGAAGCAGAGAGCCUAAAAUUAGCGCACAGCGACUCUGGCUUGCCACUGUUCAUGCUGAAAACGGAGGACGACACCCACACGCAUAUAGAUGUUUCUGACAUGGAUAAAUCAAAUUGGCUAAGCUUACUACCGCUCGGAGACCAAAGCACAGCCAAUGUGUGGCUUUACGAGGAGGACCACGAAUUAUACGCGGCUACAAUAAAUACUAUACCAGCCCGGGUGCCGCUUGUACUGGGCUAUAGCAAGGAGUACGUGGAUGCCCACAAGUUACCUGUCGAACAACCGGUAUUGGACCUUGAGGCAGAAUUGACCGCAAAACAUCGUCAAUGGUGGUGCCACGAGUGUCAGCGGUCCAUGUCCACAGCGGCGUUGUUACAGCGGCACAUGGACGUUUAUCAUACGGAGGAGAAGCAGAGACCGCGCCGCUACCGAUGUCUGCACUGCACCAGAUCUUUCUGCAGAUUGUUUACAUUAAGACGGCACACGGCAAGACAUUGCAAAGAAAAUGCUAAGAAAGCGAAAGAAGACAAAAAUAAUGAAUUACAAGGUGGCCAAACUGCGAAUGGUCUUCUAGACACUUCAAAACCAGACGACCUCCCCGACCUACCCAUCACCCCCGCCGACGACAGCCGCCUCCCCUCCGACGAGAGUCUCCAAACCCUGACCAACAACCUAGACUUCUCCACGACCCUGUUCGACACGGAGCGCAUCAACCUCGACAUCUCCGGCAGCUCGCGGGAGGACUUCAACUACUCGCUGGGGCUUAAGGACGAUAUUGCGCUGGCGGCUGGGAUAGAUUUUGGAAUUGACGAGUCGUGCAGUAAAAAGGAGGUUAGUGCUGUAUUUGACUUAUCCAUCACCCUGGCUGAAGACAGCCGCCUCCCCUCCGACGAGAGUCUCCAAACCCUCACCAACAACCUAGACUUCUCCACGACCCUGUUCGACACGGAGCGCAUCAACCUCGACAUCUCGGGCAGCUCGCGGGAGGACUUCAACUACUCGCUGGGGCUUAAGAACGAUAUUGCGCUGGCGGCUGGGAUAGAUUUUGGAAUUGACGAUUCGUGCAGUAAAAAGGAGGUGAGAAGAGAGAACACGGAAACGGUGUUCCUAACCUGUAGAUAUUGUAACCAAGCCGUCAUACGAGGGCGGCAACGUCAGCAUGUCAAGGCAUGCACGGAAAGAAAAUAUCACUGUGAGUGCGGACGCGCGUUCCUAUACAAGGACAAACUGGCCCUACACAUACACAUAGACCACCCUAACCUGACUUCUGACCAGCGGAGACAGAAUAGUAAAGAAGAUGAUUUGCAAUAUAAAUGUGAAACGUGCAAUCACAAGUUUAAGCGGCGCGGUAUGCUAGUGAACCAUCUCUGGCGAGUCCACAAGACGCUUUCAACUGCAGUCCCCCUAGAGAAGAAAGUGCGACAUUACCCGUGCGUCACGUGUCCCAAAGUGUACCGGACGGCCGCGAAACGGGACAGUCACGUCAAGAUACACCACCCUGUGUUUAUGGUGAACCGUCUCUGGCGAGUCCACAAGACGGUUUCAACUGCUGUCCCUUUAGAGAAGAAAGUGCGACAUUGCCCGUGCGUCACGUGCCCCAAAGUGUACCGGCCGGCCGCGAAACGGGACAGCCACGUCAAGAUACAUCACCCUGGUUUGUCGGUAUCCGGCAUAGGAACGUCAAUAGAGGGCGGGCUCGUGUCGUGCGCGCCGGCCGCGUGCUCCGCGUGCCCGCGCCAGUACGCCACGCGCGCCAAGCUGCUGCAGCACGUGCGGCGACACCAUCCCGCGCUGGUACACCACCCUAUACUAUACAAAGGGCGGGCUCGUGUCGUGCGCGCCGGCCGCGUGCUCCGCGUGCCCGCGCCAGUACGCCACGCGCGCCAAGCUGCUGCAGCACGUGCGGCGACACCAUCCCGCGCUGGAACGUCGAUAGAGGGCGGGCUCGUGUCGUGCGCGCCGGCCGCGUGCUCCGCGUGCCCGCACCAGUACGCCACGCGCGCCAAGCUGCUGCAGCACGUGCGGCGACACCAUCCCGCGCUGGUACACCACCCUAUACUAUAUACAAGUCCCAUUCAACAUCACCACCACUACCUGAAACAUAGGAACGUCGAUAGAGGGCGGGCUCGUGUCGUGCGCGCCGGCCGCGUGCAGCGCGUGCCCGCGCCAGUACGCCACGCGCGCCAAGCUGCUGCAGCACGUGCGGCGACACCAUCCCGCGCUGGAACGUCGAUAGAGGGCGGGCUCGUGUCGUGCGCGCCGGCCGCGUGCAGCGCGUGCCCGCGCCAGUACGCCACGCGCGCCAAGCUGCUGCAGCACGUGCGGCGACACCAUCCCGCGCUGGUACACCACCCUAUACUAUAUACAAGUCCCAUUCAACAUCACCACCACUACCUGAAACAUAGGAACGUCGAUAGAGGGCGGGCUCGUGUCGUGCGCGCCGGCCGCGUGCAGCGCGUGCCCGCGCCAGUACGCCACGCGCGCCAAGCUGCUGCAGCACGUGCGGCGACACCAUCCCGCGCUGGUACACCACCCUAUACUAUAUACAAGUCCCAUUCAAUAUCACCACCACUACCUGAAACAUAG